UCCAUAACCAAACUCUGUUAAACUACAACAAAAUCUCACAUACCAUAAAAUUCUCCUUUAGAAACUAAUGAUGAAGAUAGGCUCCAGAAAGUCAGCCUGUCAUCGGUGAUACAUUUCUACAUAUCACAUUUACGUGAAUUUCCAGGAUAUGUUUUAGUAAUUUCCUUACUUCAAUAAACGAUAAAUGAUUCAACAAAGACAUUAGUCAGAACAGUGCAUUAGAUAAAUCAAGAAAUAACUUUAAAGAAGAUGGAAUCAUUAUUUAUGCAAAGCUCCAGGACCAUGCAUUAUUACCGUAUAAUGGCGUUGACUGAUUUUAGCUCUUGCAGACCAUUACAUUUGUAGACUGUGCAUUAAAAUGGCUGUAGUCUGCAGCCUGGGUAUUGACAGGAAAGAAGUACAGUUAAGUGGUUAUUGAUCGGCCAAAGAGCAUAUAAUGGUGAAGGGGGUGAGUGGUCCACCCAAUGCAAUGUGUAGUGAGCACAGUGAAGAAUCCACAGAACAGCUCCAAGCAUGGAUUCACAGAAGCCCGAAAGCACCUGUCCUCCAGGUUUACCAAAUGGACAAGAGCUAACAGUGCUGGAAAGCUCCAUGGUAAACAUCAUAAAGGUCUUCCAUUCUCAUUCUAAUGAACACUGCAAGCUGAGGAGGAAAAAUCUGAAAGAGCUGAUCAACAAACAGAUGUCAACAUUUGUGAAGCAAGUCCAAGACACCAACACACUUGAUGUAAUUUUCAGAGACUUGGAUGCAAACCAUGACCGGGAGAUAGAUUUUAGUGAAUUUGCUGCACUUAUUGCUAUGGUUACAUCAGCAUGUCACACCUCCUUCCAUGAAGUGCAAUGAGUCAGCCGAGGAGUCAUAGCAUGUAGCAAGUACUAUCUUCCAGAAUUAUUUUAUAGAUGGAUGUACAUUUUUAUACUGUAAUGGUUGCUCUGUGUCAUUACUAAGAUGUAAACUCUAGACAUCUGUAUGUAGGCACACUCUGGGGGGAAUUUACUAAGACUGGCAUUUCUUUUGCUGUGUCUUAGUGAAAUCCUGCUGGCAUUCUAUACGGACAGAUUUAGUGAGAGAGAUACUCUCCUUAAUAAAUCUGUUAUUUCAGCAGCGGCUGCCUGCAUGCCACAUUUUUUACUAGCAUAAGUUGUAAUAAAUUUGUUGUGCUUUGAAGGCCAUGCCUCUUUAUGCCAAGCCCCAUCCAUUGUGUGGCAAAGCGGUGAAAAUCAUCAAAAAGUUGCAAAUUGUUCAGCAACUCAAGGGCUUGUGCAGAAAUUUGCAACUUUUUAAUGAUUUGAGCUAGCCAGAAAGAUACUGUUAUUUUUAUAGUGCAUGUCUAUUGACACUAACUGCUUAAAUUAUGUAACGCCACCUGAAAAGGAACUAUGCUUUUGAGCACCUUAUAAUAAACUUUCUACCCUACUGGAUCAGCCAGGUGGUGAUGUGAUAUAGUAGAUAAUCUCAUACAUUUACUCCCAGAAUCGGGGUGCUUGAAACAUAAAAAAGAAAGCAUACUCACCUGCACAGAUCCCCUGCACCUGGUCCCCACUGCUCACUGCUGCUCCUCACUUCCUCUGACAUGUGCCAUCUGUGCCAAGCCCCACCCAUUUGGAGAGUACCUCUUAUAUGAGGGUUUGCACAUAAAUCUAAGACUUUUGGUCAAUCUGCACUAGGCACAAAGCUUAGCAAAUUCUUCUCUUUAUAUGAACUACAAACGCUUUAUGUACAUUCUUAAACCUUUUCUUUUACCUUUAAGGGUACAUUCAGACAAGGCAGAUUGGUUGCAAACAUUUUUGGAACUGUCUCAUUUAUAAGAAUUAUGCUUGCAGAAAACACUCUGCUUGCUGAGGACACAACCUCAUUUUCAUAAAUGAAAUUGAUUUUCAGCUGAAGAAAGCUCCAAAGCCACCACACUACCUGGAUAUGUUCCCUGUAAACCAUCCUGCCUGAUAUGCAUGACUCCUGUGGACCCUGUUGUCUUCUCUGGCUGCUUGAUAUUCUUUGCCAUCCUUCCCUCCCCUUGCCUACAUCUCCCAGCAAUCAUUGCAGCUCUGCUCUGCCAGCCCCGAUCCUACAGUUCUGAGCAGCAUAGAUAGAUUCAGUGUUUGAUUGGCUGAGGCUGCACACCCCUCCCUGUUCUCAGCACUAAAGAGAGCAUGACUCGUCAUUGCAGGGCAGAGACCAUGUGGUCUGUGUCUCUCAGGAGGGUGGGGGCUGUUUCAGAGAGGGAUUUGGACAGAGACAGAGUUGAUGGCUGUAUGAUUUCAUUCUUUCACUUCAUGCAUGUAAGUGACAACCAAGCUGAUGAAUCAUAUUUAGACAAUUAAAUAGGUUGAGAGGAAAAUGAUGUGCUAUGUGUUUAGUUCCCUGGAGAACCCGUUUAAUGUGGUUAAUUAUUUUUUGGUGUUUCAACCAACAUGUAGCAGAAUAUUCUGAGUAGUCUGUGAAAACAACAUUGAACAAUUGCCUACAUGGGAGUCAAGAAU